AAUUAAGCUUGGUUGUAAUAAACACAAUUUGCAUAAUCUGUAAUAAGCUACAAUAUUUUGUUGAUGAAGCUGACAGUAACUUGUUGAUGAUCUAUAAUAUAUGAGAUUAAUUAAAUAAUUAAUCUAUUAAUUAAUUGAUUACAUUUCAGUCACUAUAAAUAACCCAACAAGGGUAUGGUCCUUUAUACUUCAAGAAAGCCCAAAAAAAUCUGCAAUGAAGAUCACUCAAAUUCUUCCCUUAAUUUCAUUUAUGUUCUUGCUCAUGGCCAACAACUUCUUAAUGACGUCAUCAAUACUAACGACACGAGUUACCGUAAGGAACGACAUUCGAGACGAGCGCAUCAACAUUCACUGCUACUCCUCGGAGGACGAUCUCGGUGUUCAUUGGCUUUCUUACGGCACAAAUUUCACUUGGCAUUUCCAUGUCAAUUUUUGGGGCACAACCAAGUUUUACUGCGACUUUAAUACGACGAAACACGGUUUCGGGAACUACGGCGUUUACACGCCGAAUUUGAGGAGGGAGGAGUGCUCUACACAUUGUUUGUGGUCGGUGCAGGAAAACGGGCCGUGCGUCAAAGAGAACGAUUCGAAAAAGAAGCCGUGGUGCCAAAAUUGGAAAAAUAGUACGCGUCGUAAUUUAUUGCUAGGGUUUUCGCCGAGCCCAACUCUGCUGCCGUCGUUCGAUGAUGGAGAGGAAGCCGAUGACUGAUACUGCGAUUAUUAUAUGAUAAAUUUGUACGCAUGUCGAUUUUUCCGUUGUGGCGUGUACCAUAUAAUGAAUGAUCAAUAUUAAUACUCAUACUAAUAUUUACUAAUGAAUAUCACUACUACUUUCGUUUUCAAUUAUCUUUCGCUUCGGACA